CACUAGGAGUCAGCAAGAGGGCGCAUUAUAGCAUCGAUUGCUUUCCUCGACCGCGGAAUCAGAUCGGCAAAACCCUAGACAUGGAGGAGGAGGAGGAGGAGGUUUAUGCGCGAGAUUCGUCGUGAGGGAUGAAUUGGGGGAGGAAUAAUAAUGCGAACCCUUCGAUGUUGGUCGCGACUUGAGCAGCUCCAGUUACAAGUGCCACGACGUGUACUAAGCGUGGACACCGAGGGGAGGUUUGUGGGCUCUAUAGAUUUGCAAAUUUCUCAAAGUGAAAUUAUAGUUGAAACUGUUUGAUGUUUGAGCAUCCAAUUUCCUACAUCAGCUGCAGCUGAACAAGAUGCCGCAUGUAUUACUCUUAAGAGACUGAAAGAUGAAUGUGAUUUACAGAUCAAAAAUAUUAAUUACGAUGACUCUGUGUUCUAUAAAAAAUUAUAUGACCAUCAGACUACUCACUACGCAGUGUUAUUUGCAUAUAAUAUAAUAACCUUUCAUGCGAAUAUAAUUAGAAAUUUUAAUUUUAAUGAUUGUGCUACAUUUUAGAAAGGCCCGAUUGGGAUCCUUUCUAUUUUAACUAUGUCGUACACCGACUCUAAAUUGUAGAUUAAAUAUAAAUUUAUAUUAAGUUGUUAGAGUAAUGUAACUAUUUAAAAAUUAUUUUAUAAUAUUUUUAGUUAGCUAUAAUUUUUUAAAUUUUAAAAUUGUAAUACAUAUAUGUUAAUUAAUUUAAACAUUAUUUACGCUGGGAAUCGCGAGUUCUGCACUAGUAUAUAAAUAAAUAAAUAGGUAGAUAUAUAAAGCCGCAGUUCCGGACUCGCAAAAGCUCACACCACUACCACCACGACCACCACCGCCGCCAUUGCUCGGCCAUGUCGUCGUCGUCGUCGUCGUCGGCUCCGGCGUCCUACGACCGCCUCGCCGACCUCCGCGCCCUCGACGCGACGAAAUCCGGCGUCCGCGGCCUCGUCGCCGGCGGCGUCGCCGCCGUCCCCCGCGUCUUCCUCCUCCCGCCCGGCGACCGCAUCCCCACCCCUCCCCCCCGCGAACCCCAACCCCAACCCCUCUCGACCGUUCCCGUGGUGGAUCUUUCUAGAAGCGGCGAGAGGGGGGAGGCGGUCGAGGCGGUGCCGAGGGCGAGCGCGGAGUGGGGGUUCUUCCAGGUCGUCGGCCACGGGGUGCCGCAGGCUGCCACGGCGUCGGUCCUGAAAGCGGUGGCCGCCUUCCACGAGGAGGAGGAAGGGGUAGGGGAAGACGGCAGGCAUGCGAAGGGGCUUUACUCCCGGGAGCCCCGGCAGGCCGUCAAGUACCACUGCAACUUCGACCUCUACCAGUCCCGCGUCGCCAACUGGCGCUAUACCCUCUACUGCCGCAUGGCCCCCGAUCCCCCCACUCCUGACGACCUCCCCGGCUCCUGCAGGGAUGAACUUUUUGAAUAUGCCAAUCAUGUCAUGACGUUGGGAAAUACUUUGUUCGAGCUUCUCUCGGAGGCGCUCGGACUUAGUCCGACCUAUUUAGCUGACAUCGAAUGCAACAAGGGGCAAAUUCUGCUCUGCCACUAUUAUCCGCCGUGUCCUGAGCCCGAACUUGCCAUUGGGACAAGCCCGCAUUCUGACUCUGGUUUCUUGACUGUUCUUCUCCAAGAUCACAUUGGUGGCCUUCAAAUUCUUCAUGAUGGUGAGUGGGUUGAUGUUGCGCCUAUACCUGGAGCACUGGUCGUCAACAUUGGUGAUCUCCUGCAGCUGAUCACCAAUGAUAAGUUCAAAAGCGUCGAGCAUCGCGUUCUGGCGAAGAACACGGGACCCCGGGUUUCGGUGGCGUGUUUCUUCAGUACCCAUUUCCAUCCAUCCUCGACGAAGAUGUAUGGCCCAAUCAAGGAGCUAUUAUCCGAGGAUAAUCCUCCUUUGUACCGGGAGACACUCGUUAGAGAUUACAUGGCGUACUAUUACUCGAAGGGGUUAGACGGAAAAACCGCAAUAUCGCAUUUCAGGUUGUGAUUUUCAUAUAUACGAUGUAUUAAACAUUGCAGCGUGAUAUUCUCGGUCAUGAUGUUAUACAUAUUUUCACUAUACAUUACAAAUAUGUAAGAAUUAGCUUGAAUAAAAAAAGGAAAAUGGCAAUAAGUUAACGAAUUAAGCAAGAAAACAUGUUUUCAGUGUGUUUUUGUGUGAUGCAAUUGUUAAUGUAUUUUGUGGUCACGAUUUCUAUUA